AUGAGCAGAACCAUCACCUCCUUACACAAUGGUACCACACCUGCGGGGUUACUGACCACUAUAUGGACACCACCAUGCCCUGAUGGCCCGAUGACGACCUGGGACUCGAACUGGACGAAGUCCCUGAAGGUCUGCAUGCCGACUAACUACAAGGAUAUAUACUAUAAUGGCAACGUGGGCUACUACUCACCUGCAAUCUGCCCGAGUGGCUAUACGUCGGCUUGCAGGCGGUACAACACGCAUCAAGGACCGCCGUUGGAGGCGGAGGAGACGGCAGUCCUAUGUGCUCCUUCGGGCUAUACCUGCAACCCAGACCAGGGCGUUUCUAAUGCAUGGCACACGCAAACCGCGGACAAGUCUGCUCCCAUGAUCCAAGUCCGAUGGCAAGCUUCUGACAUUUCGACCCUGGAGACGCACCCGCUCACGCCUGGGCUGAGGCCUACUUUGCAGACAAGAACGAGCCAGGGAUGGACGACACCCACGGCGACGACCUCCCCCGGUCACGCACCCGACACGGGCAGCGACUCUGCGCGCGCCAUGCAAGGCAGCACAAUAGCCGUGAUUGUCAUUGGGUCCGUCUUGGGAGUGUUGAUCCUUGCUAUGAUCAUCCUGGCAUUCUUGAGGUACAGUCGGGCUUGCUUCCGCCGAGGAAAAGAGCCCGUAUCUGGUCCAGAGAUGUCUUUCCAUCAAGCAGGGUCUCCUUCACAGGGGGCGGGAAACCAAGCGUCGCAUCCUUAUGAUGGCAGCAGAAACGCAGAGGCCGGGGCGCCACAUACGACUUACUACAGCCCGUCGCAUAUAGGACAAAAGCCUCCCAUCGUGGGCACGGAAGCACAGGCAGUAGCUUCCCCGGACCGCCAUGACGAUACAGUGACUGUGGCAUCGGACCAAGACGCGCAAGCUACCCAGCUCUUCUUCAGCAGCCUAUUUGAGAUGCCGGCAGAGGGUCUGCAGCAACGGCCGCCAGCUCCUCCAGCGGAGGCGUCAGCGUCACCACCCAUGGAUGUUCCAUUGGGGAUGACGGGUGGGCAAGAGGGUCAUCGCACUUCUACUCUUCGAUGGGGGGCCCAAUGGCGGCAGUAG